AUGACGGCGACGGCUGGCGACCAGCUUGCCCGUGGAGCCCCGGAGUCGGCGGCGGAUACGCUGGCCCUGCUGCAAAUGGUCCUCGACCAGGCAAACCUCGACGGAGGAGACUUCACCUUUGCUUGGGUGCUGGGUCUUCAGCCCGACUUGCCGGCCAGUGUUUAUCAAGACGUGUCUGGGUCGGCCGGCCUGGCUGCCAGAGCUUUCUCGCCGCUGGCGGAAUGCCAUUACGGCCCGGAGGGCCGAGCUGCAGCCGCCGCGCAAGCAGCCGCAGCCACCGCAUGUCCCGCCAGAGACCCCGAAGGCGCGUGCGGCAGCCUGGGCCACAAAGCGCGCGGCCGCAUGCCGACCACCCGGUGGAUGACUCGCCUUUCCUGCCGGGCCGCGAAUUCAACUUUUGCCUUUGGUCCUUUUUUUCUGGUGAAACUGGUCCUGAAAAGUGGGACCGCCUUUGGCCAUUUUCUAAGUACCACACUGCCCCUGUGCCGCGAUCCCGAUUUGGAGGUCGCUACCGCCUUGUUCCCGCUUCCUCUGCCGGCCGACGGCCUUUUUUUGAAGCGGUCCCGCAAGCGCUCGCAGAAGCGCAGGCUGCCCAACCUCAUUCGGGUUGCCCACCGCGUGCUGGUGAUGUCUUUGAAUUUUCUCCACUCCGGGGGGAAGCACAUACCACCGGCCUGCUUGCGGAGGCCUCCCUCAGAGCUGCAAGCCUCGGCUUUGCACCGCCUGAUGGAGCUUGUGAAGGCGUGUGCCCGCAUGGGAGGCAUCCAGCUUGCUGCUCGUCACGCUGAAGUGCUUCACUUCUUGAGGGCUUCGGGCCUGGAUGAAAACUGCUACUUUGGGAAGGCAGGCCGUGGUGCCACCGUGCCUGAGUUUGGGGCCCCUCUGCCCCACCUUCCUGGUGGCCCUGAGGAGCUGGCACCCUACCGGGACUUGGAUUCAGACCGCCUUGCGCUGUCGGGCACUGGCUCCUGGCCGCUCGGAAGGCACCUGAACCCCGACCUCCUUAUGCUAUACUUGGAGCCUCGGGCCCUCCUCCUUUGUCCCCUCGCCGGCGCCUGGCGUAGUGCAGGGCCCCUUGCAUACCACCGACCUGGUGCCUACAAAGACCCGGGGAGGGACAGACAGAUCGGCGACCGCCGAAAUGUGAAUAACAAGGAAGCCCGGAUUGUGGGAGGUCCGUCCUCCCGGCUCCCGGCCGGCAGCCUUCUCACUCGGCUCUCGUGCCCUCUUCCUUCGUGCUCGCUCUUCGGGUCCUGCGUCGACCGCAAGGAUUUCUACCACCAGGCAAAGGUCAGUGAAAGCAGAGGCUGCUCGAAUGCCAUAGGGCCGGUCUUCUCCCUGCAGCAGUUUUACGGAACUCAGGCAUACGCUGCCUUCUUGGCCAAGGCCGAUGAUGCCCUCUUGUCGCAUGCUGGUGCAUGCUCCCUUUUCCGGCCGGCUUCCGUCCUUGCAUCUGCCGACCUUCCGGUGCACGGCACCUUCUUGAACUUGCUGCAAGGCGACCACGCCGGCGUGGAAUUCGCUUGUGCAGGACAUGAGGGUCUUCUUCGUUCCUGUGGCGUCCUGGGGGACCCUGCCCAAGGGAGGCUUCUGAACCGUUGCCCGGUCGCGUGUCGCGGCCCCUGGACAGGUCUCAUCAUAGAUGACCUCUUUUGCAUCUCCUGUGAAAGGAGCCCUGGCCCUGAGAGCCCUGCUGCCGCCCAUGCCUUUGAGAGCGAACGCCUGUUAAGGACUGCAAAAAAGGCCUACGAGCUUGAAGGAGUGCCCGGCUCCGACCACAAGGAUCAGUUCAGCCAAAGGGUUUUCGUCGUGGCAGGCGCCCAGGUUGACAGCUCUCCCGCGACAAACGCUGCCGGGAUGACUUUGGUGGGCCUGCCGGCUGCCCGCCGCCUUGCCCUCUCUCAAGCUUCGCUUGUUAUAGCCUCUGGCCGCUGGAUUUCGGAGGAGCUUGCCUCGAUCCUUGCUGGUUCUUGGGUCACUGCCCUCCUUUACCGUAGGGCACUGAUGGCGGCUAUCGGGCCCUUGUUUGCUCUCGGCAAGAAGGAGGCCUGCCCUGAUGCUUCCCGGCUCCGGCCCCUCACUUCAGCAGGUGCUGCUUGCGGCCCUCGUGCCGGCUAUGGCCUCGAAUGCUCAGAAGAGCCCCCUCUGCUUGAGAACGGUCAGGGCGUGGAAAGGCCGGUCGCCUGCAGGUAUGACUUCAUCGAGGCUGAGGUCGGUUCUGUUGGUGCCACCGGUCGGCUCCUUCUCCCCGGCUUUCUUGCCACGUGUCCGUGCAAUGCUAUCGCCAUCGUCCUCCACCCUUUGCACAGCUUCGCUCGUGGCACCCCUGUGAGUGGAGGAACCUUUGCACGCACCGGGGAGCCUUCGAGACUACCUUACUUGGCUGUGAUGCUUUUUCCACAGCCCCUCAGCCUGCUGUUGCUUUGGUUUCAGCAGCUGGGCGUCCUGAACUCGCUCGUGCCCUGCCUUCCCUUCCAGUUCUGCGGGGCACCUCCUGUGCCGGUCCCUUGGCGGAUGCCUUGCGGGCCACCUUGUGCUGCCGGCCCACUGAAGUCGAGCCCAGACCUGGCUGCCUAUGGCCUCUAUCCAGGCCUGCACUUCUGCCCCACCAGGUUGAACACCUCCGAUGACCCAACUAGGCGCGUGCUUCCGGCUUCUGGCCUUGACGAGCCGAGCUGUCUUGAGCCCGAGCUGCUGCGAGACUUUGACAGUACGCUUGGCUACCCUGGAGAAGGGCCGGCGGCCCCACCUGGCGCUGCUGCUGGAAGGCUUCUGCUUGGUCCCCGCGAUAGGAGGGAUGUUGUCCGUGCCAAGGCAAGGCUCGGCACACAACUGGGAGAGGGCCGGCCGGUCCUCGAUCGGACCACGAGGAAUCGGCAGCAACUGCUGCAAGCUUUUGGUGCCUGGCUGGCCGAGUUUGAGCUCACUUUGGACGGGAUACUGUCAGCAAAACCCCUUGACCCGGAGGUCGUGUCGUCGUGGUUGGUGAGCUAUGAGAGGCAGCUUUUUGAGGCCGGCAGGCCUUACUGGCACUACUCCGAGACGAUCAACGGCGUUGCCUCUCUUCGGCCGACUCUGCGGCGUACUUUGCAAGGGGCCUGGGACCUUGCCUUCAGCUGGAUGGCAAAGGAGCCGAGCACGCACCACGUUGCGAUGCCCCUUGUGAUCUUGCUGGCCAUGUUGUCGGUCUGCCUUUUCUGGGGUUGGCUUCGCGAAGCAGGUAUAUUUGGCCUCAGCUGGGGAAGCCUGCUACGGAUUGGCGAGGCUACCUUGGCUAGGAGAAGCGAUCUUAUCCUGCCGUCCGACGUGUUGUAUCUUCAGGCUUUUGCCCUUAUUCGGAUCGAGGAGCCAAAGACCCGAAUGAGAAUGGCAACGCACCAGAGCGCAAAGCUUGAGCAAAGCGACCUGCACCUGGCUUUUGCUGAUCUGCAGCCUUCGUGCCGUUUGUGGCCCCAGUCCUCGCAGACUUUGCGACGUCGUUUCGACCUCGUUUUGGAAAGGAUUGGCCUACCAACUGCCCGCGGCAUGCGUCGGCCUUUGGACCUCGGCUCUUUCAGGCCAGGUGGCGCAACCUUCCUCAUGGGCCAAACAGAAGACAGCGAGCUGGUGCGACGAAGAGGCAGGUGGGCAUCACAGCGAGUGAUGGAAAUUUACAUACAGGAGGUCCAGGCCGCCGUGUACUUUCCUGCGCUUCCUUUGGAGCUUCGCGAAAAAAUCUUGUGCCUCGCACAUGCUUUUACGGCGCUUCUGGAACAGGCGCGCAACUGGAAACGUGUCGGCGUCCCGCCUACUUCCUGGUAUGCAUUGUUUUCUGCCGGCGAGCGGCCCUUCACUGGCCUAUAA